AUGCAGGUGCUGUCGCUUAACCUGCCCUUGCGGCUGGGACGGGGGAAGCGUAAAAAGCGUACGCCCCCGGUGGCCAACAGCAAAGGCGCGGAGCAGGCGCAGCCGAACGAGGCGCUCGGGCGCGGCGGGCCUGCCGCUGCCCCUAGGGGCAGACAGCACGACCAGCCCCUGAAGCGCCGAAAGCGGGAGCGCGCGGUGGCCAACAGCGGCGCCGGCUGGGCCGAGGACGGUGGUGACGCAGCGGCCGGCGCGGCCUCAAAAACCGCCGGCGCGUCCGAGCCGGAUCGAUUCCUGUGGGACCUCCCAAGUAGCGACGUGAACGUGCCGCAAGGGAGCAUCCUCAGGAGCAUGCUCGACCUCUGCUGCCACAACCUAGACGAUCCUGACAGGCUCCAGAAGAAGAUAGACGAGGUCAAGGACAUCGUCGAGAAGAUCAACACGAUGUUGGCGAAGCACGGCGCGAGCCUCGGUGCCGCCGCCGAUCCGCACGCCGACGACGCGGACAAGCGGCUGUCCGGUAACGCGUCGCCGCUGCUUCUCCUGCUGGUGAAGGUGUUGUGCGGCGCCAAGCUCAGCGGGAUCGCCGUCUACAAGGGGGGGGAGCUGAUUGCCGGCAAGAUCCCGAACAAGCCCGGCAGCUAUUCCCAUUUCGCCAGCCAGGUGGAGGACAGCGACAUCCUCGGCGCUGUCUACGACGGCGAAUCUCAGGACGUGGGCACACGAACUGGGCAGCACGCCAAUGACACUGCCGAUGGGAAGAUCUGGCCGGACCGCAAAUCUCCCGACCGGCUUCGCGUGGUCGUGAGCUUCGACUCACUCACAGUCGAUGGCAGGCAGUGCCAUAGGGAAAUGGAGGCCGUGGUGCUGGGCACGAUCGCCAUGUGCCAAAACCAGCAGGACAACGCCGUGCACGACCACGGCGUCAGUGCCGCUCCGACGUGGCAGCGGUUGCAGCAACAGCUGGAGGACGUGGGCGAGGUCGUGGAGGCCUACCGCCUCGCCGAGCGCGUCGUGGCCGCCUGCGAGGCGGCACACGCGCAGAAGAAUCGUCCACUGACCAAGACGGAGAAACAACACUCCACCAAGGUCGUGGCAGAGGUCGUCGCAAGCGUCCUGGCGGGCACGCCUGGGGCAGUGAGGGACGCCUGCACCAGGGUGCAGCGUCUGAGGCUCGUGCUGAAAAUGAAGCACGAGCUGCAGCUGCUUGGCAAAGAGGUGUCGAGGAACGGCAAACACGCCAAGCUGCCCGACCUGAAGGCUGUGCGCGAGGAGCUGCGCAAGAAGGUCGAUUCGAUCGAGAAGGCGCAGAAGAGCCGCCAAGAGCUGCACCUCGAAGCCGCCCGGGCCUUCGUCGCGUGCCUCAAGCCCGCGGGCGGCGGCGACAACGUCGUUCACGCCGCCCCCGCGGACCAGCAGCCCUCGGGCGGAGGCGGCCGAGACGACCUGUCCGGCGGCGGCGGCGACGGCGCGCCCGCGCCGUCGGCUCCCGAGCCAUCGGCGGACGAGCGACUGCAGUGGCCGUGGCCGGACACCACAUAUUACGACCGCUUCAGCCGCCUGAUGCGCUUCUACGCUCGGCGAGCAGAGAGCACCCCGGCCUACCCGACCUACCCGGAGGUACAGACGUACCUGGACCAGCAGCUGGGGCCUGACUGGGGCAAGGUCUGGGAGGCCCGCCGGCAUGAAAUCCGGAUCAAAAAGGCCCGCAGCGCCCUUCUCCACAAUGUCGAACACGCCUGCGCCUUCGUCAAAGGGCUGCCGCUGACUGCGUUGGAGCAGCUCGACCUCGACUGGGACCGCUGGGCUGACGAAGGCGAGACGGAUGACACGACCAAACAGAGGGAGCGGGCCAGGAACUGCCUGUACACACACAUGCAGCGUCAGCGGGGGAUGUUGCCCCUACCUCAGGGCAACUACGCUGAUGUGGAGGAAGUUCUGGCCAGGGAGCUCGGCCCGGGGUGGAUCGAUGACCACUUUGCGCAGGUGGAGCUGCGAGCCCACAACAGGAAAGAGGAGCGCGCGGAGGAGGCAAUGGAGGAGAUGCGCGCUGCCAUGGCCACGUGCAUCGUCACCAAGACCGGCACCGACGUCACAGCCAUCGAGUUCCCGAGCGGCGGGAAGAAUCACUCAAAGGAGUACACAGACAGACAGCGCACGUUGCUCAAGACGUACGCCGAGUAUGAGUAUUCGAACGGCAUCACUUCCCCCCAAGGUCAAAGAACCAUUCGCGACGACGUGCGGAACCUGAUCAACAACGAGUGGGGGGUAGGUUGGCAUCGGUACUGGACCGCGGCCGCCCAGUUCCCGGACGAGACGAAGAGCUCACAGUGGACGGGCGUGUGCUGGAGCAAGCAGUAUGGCAAGUGGCAAGCGAAGAUCAGGGCGUGCGGGAAGUCUCACAUGUUGGGUGUGUACGAAUGCGAGGACACGGCCGCGCUGGCGUACAACGAGGCGUGCGAGAUCGUCGGGAAGCAGGUGGUCAACGACGUGGGGGAAGCGCGCGCCGCGGAGCUGGCGGCGCCCGAGGGCGGGUCACACAUCCGGUCGAAGAUCUUGGCGGAGCUGCGCGAAGCUGCGGUCGCACUGUACGCCGAGUAUGAGGAUUCGAACGGCAGCACUCCCCCUCAACGCCCGGACGAGACGAAGCGCUCACGGUGGCGGUACGUGAGCUGGAGCAAGCAGUAUGGCAAGUGGACGGCGCAGAUCGAGGUGCGCGGGAAGCGUCACGUGUUGGGUGUGUACGAAUGCGAGGACACGGCCGCGCUGGCGCACAACGAGGCGUGCGAGAUCGUCGGGAAGCAGGUGGUCAACGACGUGGGGGAAGCGCGCGCCGCGGAGCUGGCGGCGCCCGAGGGCGGGUCACACAUCCGGUCGAAGAUCUUGGCGAAGCUGCGCUCGCUGUCGCACAAGCGCCGCCCGAGGGCGGUGUAG